CUAUUGACAGCUGACAGAUAUCGGUAACCUUAUGGUUAUAUUUCCAGUCGAACCCAAGUUUUCCAAAAUAAUAAUCUCAUCAAAAUCAAUGGGUUGCACAAAACAAUUAUCAGAUCUGUGUUCAAAAGCAAACAUUCCGUUAGUUUCCUCUAAUAAUAACACAGAAGUGAUCCGAAAGUGUCUGACCACUGGACUCGUGUUCAAUACAGCUUUCCUUCAAAAGGACGGCACCUAUAAAACUAAACUUACCAAAAAUGAGGUGUAUAUCCACCCGUCCUCGUGUCUCUUUGGUUCAAAACCUGAAAAUAAGAUGUCAUCUAUUUUGAUGUACUUCUCGUUGACGCUCUGCAGUUGGCAGAGAGGUGACGAAAGACUAGGAAGUGAAGUGAGCCGCAGGCUUAUAUCGUUAGCUAAAGACACAGUCUCUACAGAAAGUCGUCACUUUGUUGGCCACCAAUGGCUGUGUCUGUCUGUGGCUGUGAUUCGGUGUGAGAUCUCUUGUGUUGCUUCCGCUUGA